UAACAUAACUCUUAACACUUGUAGAUAAAGAACCUGAAAUGAUCAUGUCUGAAUAUUAUUUUGUAAGAUUCUACCUCUUCCAAAUGAUUUAAUAGUAUUACUGUUCAUACCUUCUAACCUUUAAAGGACGAUUCCCGCAUAUAUGAGGGUUAUAUCAGUCCGCAGUUGGACCUCCGUAACUUCUGACGAAAUGAUUGUAAUAAAAAUUGUUCCGCAUGUUUUAGAAAGAGGAUAAAUUAGGCUACCCAAAGGUACCUAGCAUGAAAAAUCUAGGUUUUGUUUUCGGUCACCAAUCGCUUCUCAAACUUACUAAUAAUAGCUGACUGUUUGAUGAAGUCGAUUCUUUUCAAAUAACAGGCCGUCUGUGAAUCAUAAUCAAACAUUCUUAUAAUAGCUUGCUCACUUGUAAUAAAAUACCCCAUUCCAGGUCAAAGUUUUCAGCAAGAAAUAUUAAUACACUCAAUAUCGCUGCGGAGCAUUAAAGAGUAAAUUAACUUUAGAAAGAUGUAUUAAAUUGAUUAUUAACAUUAUGUUCUGUGUAAACAUAUUUUCUAAUGCUAAAAAGGAUUUUACUACAUGGUUCAAGUUAGUCCGCUGGAUUUACUUCAACCCAAUAUUGCAAAUUUGCCCUAUGAUCUUUUCUCUUCUGUUACCCAAGAGAGUUAUUGAGUACAACAGGUAUCAUUCAAGGUUAUAAUUUAGUUGUAAAGAAUAAAGCUAGCUUGUUCGAUUAUCGUCUAUCUAUGACCAGUUACAACAACUUAAAAAGUGAAAAUAAAAACAACUUCUAUUAUGGAAUUAGAAAAAAAAAAUUGUAAUAUAUCAGAAAAAAGAUCUCAUAAAAAAUAUAAAUUAAAAACUCUUUAAUCCUGUUUUUGGCUCUUUCUUUUCUCUUUUUCUUCCUUGUUUUUCUUUUUUUAUAACGACUAGAUUUCCAGCUGCAAAGGAAUGAUAAGGAAUAACAGUGAAAAUAUGUAUUAUUUUCAUUACAUUUGCUGUUAAAACAAUCAUUAUCUAUUUAUUACUGUUCUCUUUGGUUUGAGUUGCUUUUAUCCAUAAUCAUUAGUCGACCAUUAAAGAGAUAGUAUUUACACGAAGAAUUAAAAAGCCAAAAGGAAAUCAAGUCAAAAUUCCAAAACACAGCAAAAGUGAAUCGGUUGCAACUUAGCUAUGUUUUAACCAGCAUUUUUCGGGGUUAGAAUGAUAUCCUAGAGUAGAGAAAUUACGUUUUCCUUUUGCAAAUUGAAUAUUAUGCAGCGACGUUCCACUAGACGGAGACAAAGAUGUAGCGAAGAAGGUAAUAAAGAAGAAGAUCCUCUCACCAAAUCAUUUUUAGCUAUUGAAAAGCUAACAGAUGAACAAGUUAAAGAGUACCAGGACGCGUUUCAAAUGUUUGAUAAAGACUGCAAUGGAUACAUAACCACAAGAGAAUUAAAGUCUCUAAUGAGAUGUCUUGGCUGCAAUCCUACAGAUUCUGAGCUGCAACAAAUUGUAAACGAAGUGGAUGCAGAUGGUAAUGGAAAAAUCGAUCUUCCCGAAUUUAUAAGCCUAAUGGAGAAGAUGGCAAAACCGACAGAAGAACAUGCAAGUACUAUUGAAGCGUACCGUGCAUUUGAUGGAGCAGGAGUUGGUUUUAUUCAUAGUAAAAUUAUUAGGGAGAUUAUUAUAAAGUCGUUGGACCAAGUGCCAAUGAAUGAAAUCAUCGACAUGCUUGAUUAUUCAGACCUCUUACAAGAUCGGAACGUAUAUUACGAAGAAUUUGCCAAACUGGUUACACCCCGUGGUUUAUUCAACGUUUCAGCUCAGAAACUGCAUGAUUUCACACAUGGCCAUCGAACACAGCAAAUUUCGUUUGAAUCUGAUGACAACUAAUAAAUACUUGAAUUUCAUUACAACUUGUGACCUAAUGAAUUUAACUUGGCAACAUUUAAAAAAAAAUGUGGAGUAUUACGGAGAAUUUUGAAUACCAGUUUGACAAUACGCGGAGUGAUUAUUCUGUCAACUAUUCAAAGAUUUUAUAUACAAAAUUUCAUUUAUUUAUUUUAUCAACUCUUAAUAUCAAAUAUUUAGAAAAAGUUAGCACAAAUUCGAAACUUUCUACGAAAGAAAAGUAUCCUUUUCAUCUGUUCUUUGUCUUGAAUUAGAUCUUAAAGUCAAUAUUAUGCUAGGAAAGCUUACAUUCUAAGCUUUUGACGGAUAGACAUAAUUUGUGACUGUAAAAUAGAAUUCCAAUGUAACAAAAUAUCUUUUUUACGAAAAGACUGACUUUUUUAAAAAUGUGUUACUUUUUGCAAAUAGACCGUAAGAUAAGCUAACACCAUAGGUCAUAGGUUUUGCGUUCAAUGUAGUUCUGUUGGUACAAAGCAGGCGUAGAA